GGCAGACGAAGCAAGGAAGAUGCAGAUCUCGUCCAGAGCGCGACUUCCCGGCGACGUCGCUGCGCAUGCGAGUGGAAGCCUAUCGAAAGCGAUACCGGGAUGCUGAGAAUGGAGAGCCUGGGCCACCGGGGGCCGUUUGAACGAUGAGCGAGGGACACGGAGAGCAAGUGUGGCAUAUGGACGUGAACGCCGCUGGUCGGUUUCGGAGAGGACGUAAACCCAGCGGACCGCGAACGAGUGGUCGGCGGUAGUGGCACCGAUAUUGGACGUAACGAGCGCUAAAGGUGAUGGCACUUCCAGACUGGUCCAAACCGCAGCACAUUGUCAGGUCCUCCAGGAGGUUCCAACGCGUUUCAUGAGUUCCGGAGGUGUACAUGACAGAUCGCAGAUGUUCCCAGCAAGGUUGAAUGCCACAUCCAGAGUCCAGGGCAUGCCGAAGCGUCGUAAGACCGCACAGAAGACCAGAAGAGGCGCGACUGCGUACCGUACGUAUCACGCUGGCGCGGUCCAGGUCGGGCAUGAACUCAAAGACUGUGAAGAGUCGCUGCUGACGAUCCUGUCGAUUCGAAUAUAGGAACGUAAGUUAUCGACGCAAGCACAGGGAGAUCGGCGUCAGUUCUGGACCGCGUCGCCUUGAGAGUCGCGCAAUAGACAAGGC